AUAUGUAUUAUUAAAUCUAUUUUAUAAAUCUUCAAUUAAAAUAUUUUUUGAAGUGAAACUUCUUAUGCGACUUCCAACAAGGUUAAUAUUAUAAACCAUACCUCUUAAUAUAAACCAUAUGUAUUUUAGAGCAUUAUUUUCAUCUCCACAUUACGAAGUUUCACUUCUUCCGCGCGGAGGGACUCCACAAACAAUUUUUUUUAACUGUGUGUCUGACACACCCACUUGUCUGUAAAAAAAUGCGCGAAAUUGAAUUAUAAGGGAGGUCAACUCUUCGCGCCUUUUUCUACUAUAAAAGAGGGUAUACAGAUAAAUUAUGUAAAUACAAGAAAAAUGUACUUCUAUCAUGUAAACUAGGCCUUAUGUUCAAGUUCAAGCCCGGGAUUCAAUGGUAGCGGUAGCGAGCGUAGCGGGCACGCUCACAGCUCGCGCGCAUUUGCCGAAACUGUCAAAAAUGUAUACAGAGAGGUUAUUAUAGUGAAUAAUCAGAAUAUUUUGUGCAACAUGUUUUAACAUUUACAAUCAAACUUAUAAACAAUAUUGCUAUUGCAAUAUCCUAUUUUGAAAUACUCUCUUUAGUUAUUUACAUUUGGUUUUCAGCCAACUAGAUUAGAGUUACUCGUUAAGCUACCCGUAUAUUUUGUGGUCUAGGAUUAUAACAGAAUGUUAUCGCACAAUGUAUGAAGAUGAUAACAUAACUUCCACCCCUAAGCGCUGUGUGCUAACUGAAGUCACCAACUCUACCAAUGUGUCUCCCACGGCGAAUUUGAAGUUGUUGACAAACGUUGCGCUGCUGUACCCGACUCCGCCGCCGAGCACCGUGCACCGCAAAGAAAAGUCACUUCAGAUACUAUGCGACAGAUUCCUUACCCUGUUCCCUCUGUAUGGGCAUGGCACAGUGGAGAUCCAGCUGGAUAGCACGGCAGCGCGGCUGGGCGUGGAGAAACGCCGCAUGUAUGACAUCAUCAACAUCCUCGAGGCCAUGCAGUGUGCAGUCCACAAGCGGAAGAAUACUUACCUGUGGCAUGGAGGUUCAAGACUGAAUUCCUUUUUGAAGAUGCUUAAAAAGCAAGGAGAGAACCUGAGACUGUCUGCGGCUCUACGUGGGAGAGCUCCAAAGCCACCAGCUCCCAAACACAAAACCCUGGGAGUAUUGGCUCAGAGAUUUUUGAUGCUUUUUCUAGUAGAACCACCUAAUACGCUUAUCAAUCUGGAGAUGGCUGUGAGAGUACUGAUUGACUCAUCAAACAAAACCAAAACCACUCUUUCACCAGAAAUGCUAGACCGUCAGCACAAAUCAAAAGUAAGAAGGCUGUAUGACAUCGCCAAUGUCUUUAUUUCAAUUGGUCUCAUUGAAAAAGUGUCAGGAAACUCAAUUUUAAAGAAACCUGUAUUCAAGUAUGUCGGGCCCUUCAAAAUGAAGAAGGCUGACAAGAUGAUGAUAAAUACUCCCUCUCCGCUCACCCCCCUCACGCUCGGGGGCAGCGAGCAGCGCAUCAUGCCUUGCCACGUGUUCUCCGGCAGGUCUAAACGGAAGCUAGAGUUCUCCAGUACACCCAAUAGAGAAACUCAAUUGGGCGUCACUACCCCACCUCACACUCCUUCCCAUAAGUGGGACGAAAUUUUAUUGGUUGCCGAUAUGGAGCUCACUAGAAUAAACAAUGGAAUUAUCUUGUAAAAUUGCAAUAUUAUGACUUGGCUGAAUAUUUUUCUAAUGAAUUCUCCGUCCACGUUGAUGUCUAUGUCCGCAAUGAAGGACUAACCAUUAAUAUAUAUCUAAGGACGGGCCUAACGGGCAAUAAGAAUGGGGCCAGUACAGCGGUGUCACGCACACGAAUUCGAGCCCAUCGUGCAGUCUAAUGCCACAACGCGAUUAGUUGAUGAGACCCCUCUGAACUAGAACCAUUCUUAGUGCCCGUAAGGCCCGUCCUUAGAUAUAUGUCAAUGGGACUAACAUGAUUUGCUGUGGAAAUAUCCCUGUAUGCACCAACAUAAGGGCUUACUUUCACUAAACAAACCUUAGCCAUGAUCAUGCUCGCGAUACAAGUUCAGAACUCCUCUUGAAUUGAUCUCAUUGACAAACAUUUUAUUUAAAGCUAUUUUUAUUUAAAAAAAAAACGCCACAAAAGUAAAAAUAUCUAAAAACACAAGUUAGCAUUAGAUCGUAAAUAAAAAAAGGAUUAUCGUUUAACGAAUUCCGCGAUGAACUGAACUGAAUAUAAUUUGGAACAACAGUCGCUGCCCUGUCCCUGUACGGUCAAGGAAUUUAAUUGCAGUACCACUUCGUACCUUGUCUCAGUUAAAAUAGUAGAUCUUUAUUUGCAUCCAAUGUACAGUCGAGGAAAUUGAUUCUUUAGCAGUUAACGUGUCACGUUACAAUGGACAGCUCUUACCAUAAGUAUGUACAGCCAAAUUUACUUGAACCGCAAGUUGCUAAAGAAUCAAUUUCCGUACAUAUUUAUAUUACAUAGUAACACAUGGACCGUGGCAGGGUAUCGCAAAAAUAUUAGUAAUACCUACUAAAAAACAAAUUAAAUAUAAGUACAAGCAUAACAUAACUUAAAAUAAAUAUUAGUAGUAUUAUGAGGUCCCUAGCGACUCAUAUUGAUUGAUUGUCACUGUGGCAAGGUAAGAAAUGGUACUGAAAUUAAAUUAUUUGACUGUACAUUAAGAUGCCUCACUUCACUCCUCGCCGUUUUUGCGCAAUUACGAUUUUGUGUUUCUUUACUAAGUAAAGCUUGACACGGGCGGGUGUGGACGUGCGUCAGACCAUGCGGGGCCGAGGCACGUCUCAUCAGCUAGUUCGCCAUCAGGCAAAUCAUGAAUUUGGCUCGUUCCUGUAGGUAAUUAAGGAAACGUAUCCUAUGGCUAGGGCUGAAAUUAGCAUCACAGUAAGUGGUAAAAAACGAUUAAUGCUCCAAAUUAUAUAACAUCUAAUCUUCAUUAUUUUUAUAUUCUGGGAUUCGGUUACACGUUCGACCACAUAAUUUUGGAUAGGCGUUGCAAGAAUUUAUUGACUACAGACCCUACUCGAGUAAACUGUUGAAAUAUUGGGUUAUUCUCACUAGUUACCACCAAGUUGUUACAAGCAGUGUAGCGACCUACCCACAAAACUAAUUCCCAGUAGUUACCACCAACUCGCUUUGGUGGUAACUAGUAGGUUUUUUCUCAGCUGUAACCUCGGUAGAUAGGUAACCGAGAUUUUAUUCUCAACAAAAUAUUGUUAAUGUUAAAUUCUAACAAAAAUACCUAGAUAAAUUGAUAUACCUAUAAAGUGUAAUAUAAAUAUAGAGUAAACUGUUUUAGUCUUUGAACGUUAUUUGACGCGAUGUAGUUUCUUACCCCACUCUUUGUAUUUUUCAAUUAUUUGCCUCAGUGUGAAUAUGUGAUCUAUCGUAGAAUAGCGGUGUCUGAAGCUAGCUUAUUAAGGCUGGUUCAAAUCAGUGGUUUUGGAAAUUCUUUUUAACCCUUUGACCGCCACCGUCGGCUAUGGCCGACAUCUGAAUGACUUGCCAAGGACGCCAACGACGGCUACAGCCGACAGUUUCGCCAAUGCAAUAGGGACUAACGCGGGACUCUGUAAAGUUCAAUU